CGGAGGAGGUGCUUGGCGCUUCUCAGGCUCCUCCUCUCCCCUUGCGGCCUUUCUAACGUUGGCCCUGCUCUUGUGGCCUCCCGCAGAAUGUGGAUGACGCCCAAAAGAAGCAAGAUGGAAGUCGACGAGGCUCUAGUUUUCCGGCCCGAGUGGACCCAGCGUUAUUUGGUGGUGGAGCCUCCGGAGGGCGAUGGGGCCCUGUGCCUGGUCUGUCGCCGCCUCAUCGUAGCUACCCGCGAACGCGACGUCAGGCGCCACUACGAGGCUGAGCACGAAUACUACGAGCGGUAUGUGGCGGACGGCGAGCGCGCGGCCCUGGUGGAGCGUCUGCGUCAGGGCGACUUGCCCGUGGCCUCCUUCACUCCUGAAGAGAGAGCUGCUCGUGCAGGCCUCGGGCUCUGCCGCCUCUUGGCCUUGAAGGGUCGCGGCUGGGGUGAGGGGGACUUUGUAUACCAGUGCAUGGAGGUGUUGCUGAGAGAGGUACUGCCCGAGCAUGUAAGCGUCCUGCAAGGCGUUGACUUAUCUCCAGAGAUCACAAGGCAGAGGAUCCUGAGCAUUGACAGGAAUCUACGCAACCAGCUUUUUAACCGAGCCAGGGAUUUUAAAGCCUAUUCUCUUGCCUUGGACGACCAGGCUUUUGUGGCCUAUGAGAACUACCUCCUGGUCUUUAUCCGCGGUGUAGGCCCUGAGUUGGAGGUACAAGAAGAUCUUCUGACCAUAAUCAACCUGACUCAUCAUUUCAGUGUUGGUGCGCUCAUGUCGGCAAUCCUAGAGGCCCUGCAGACAGCAGGGCUUAGCUUGCAGAGAAUGGUUGGACUGACCACGACCCAUACUUUGAGGAUGAUUGGUGAGAACUCAGGACUCGUCUCAUACAUGAGAGAAAAGGCCGUAAGCCCCAACUGUUGGAAUGUCAUUCAUUAUUCAGGAUUUCUUCACUUGGAACUGUUGAGCUCCUAUGAUGUAGAUGUUAAUCAGAUCAUAAAUACCAUAUCCGAAUGGAUAGUUUUGAUUAAGACCAGAGGCGUUAGGCGACCUGAAUUUCAGACUUUACUAACGGAAUCUGAAUCAGAGCAUGGUGAAAGGGUUAAUGGACGAUGUCUGAACAAUUGGCUUAGGAGAGGGAAAACUUUAAAACUAAUAUUCUCUCUAAGAAAAGAAAUGGAAGCGUUCUUGGUUUCAGUAGGGGCAACAACAGUCCACUUCUCAGACAAACAAUGGCUUUGUGACUUUGGCUUCUUGGUGGACAUUAUGGAACACCUUCGAGAACUCAGUGAAGAAUUACGAGUUAGUAAAGUCUUUGCUGCUGCUGCCUUUGACCAUAUUUGUACUUUCGAAGUUAAGCUGAAUUUAUUUCAAAGACAUAUUGAGGAAAAAAAUCUAACAGACUUUCCUGCCCUCAGAGAAGUUGUUGAUGAGCUAAAACAGCAAAAUAAGGAAGAUCAAAAAAUAUUUGAUCCUGAUAGGUAUCAAAUGGUGAUCUGUCGUCUCCAAAAAGAAUUUGAGAGACAUUUUAAGGACCUCAGGUUCAUUAAAAAGGACUUAGAACUUUUUUCAAAUCCAUUUAACUUUAAACCUGAAUAUGCACCUAUUUCAGUGAGGGUGGAGCUAACAAAACUUCAGGCAAACACUAAUCUUUGGAAUGAAUACAGAAUCAAAGACUUGGGGCAGUUUUAUGCUGGAUUGUCUGCUGAAUCCUACCCAAUUAUCAAAGGGGUUGCCUGUAAGGUGGCAUCCUUGUUUGAUAGUAACCAAAUCUGUGAAAAGGCUUUUUCAUAUUUGACUCGAAACCAACACACUUUGAGUCAGCCAUUAACAGAUGAGCAUCUCCAAGCCCUGUUUCGGGUUGCCACAACUGAAAUGGAGCCCGGUUGGGAUGAUCUUGUGAGAGAAAGAAAUGAAUCUAAUCCAUAAGGCUUUGUAGUACAAGAUUGAAAAACUCAACAAGAAUUUAAUUCUAAAAGCAAAAACUGGUUUGAGUUUUCAAGUUUACUAAUUUGGAUUGUGAGAAAGUACCAAGUACCAGCCGUCCAAACUGAUCACAAUUAAAAUUCUGACAGUUGCCUUUUUUUUCAUCUCAAAUGGCAGCAUGGGACUGAAACAUGAGAAUGCCACCUUUUUUAAAACUUAGUUUAGUGACAAAGUCAUUGUCUUUUAUGAUAUAGUUAAUUUUAAAGAGAUUUAGUAUUAAUGUGAGUUGAAUUUGCAGUCUGUUUUUUAGGUGUUCUGAAGAUAAAUGCCAAAAAUUUCAGCUUUUAUUUUAAUGGAGUGUUAAAAUUCUGAUUCAUAUAGUCUUAAAUUAUCAACUCCUUAAAUGUGCUUUUGAACCAAUUUGCAGAAACUCACAUAGCAAGUUCAUAAGUUUCCAAAAAGGAAGCCCAUACAUAACAGUGGAGGUGUUUUGUCUAACUAUCAAAAUGUUUGAGACUUUUUUUUUAAACAUUUCUGAGUUCGAAGGUAAUAUUGACAGAUUUCUUCCCUCUUCCCUCCCCAUCACCCACCUCAGUGAUACCACAUUACUGAUAGAGGAAGUCAUUAGAAUCAUUUUUAAGUUGCAAUUUGGAGAUAAGACUAAUUAUUGGGGGUUUUCCUUGGAUUUUUUUUUUUUUAAUAACUGCGGGCUAUUUUAUCAGCUUGCCUAUUAAAGGACUAUGGUAAGUAUAGAAUCUUAAUGGUUGCCAGUUAGUAAUUCUUUUUUUUUUUUUUUUACUGUAGACACAAGUUUGGCCCUAUCAAAAACGAUGAGGAAAAAAGAUUGCACUCCAGGAUUAGGAGAUGAUUUUUGGCUCUUCUGGGAUUUAAAAGUAAGUAAAUUUAACAAAGUAGAAGACUGACUCAGCCCUUCUGGUCACUAUAUAUUCAGUUCACUUGUUUUUACACCUGCAGAAUGUCCUUAUCACCCAAAGGGAGAUGACCCAAAAGUGACAUCUAGUUAAUGUAUACUUCUAAAGUUUGCUGUAUUUCUUUGCCUUCUUGUUCCCAUGCCUCUCUGAACUUAAUUUCUGGGUAACUGAGGCUUUUCAGGCUUAGGUGGGAAAGCGACACCCUUAGUCUAUUUCCUUAAGCCAUUCUGACCAAUUUAUGGGAUUAACUAGUAUAAUCUUAGUUGGAGUUUUAGUCUGAGGCAUAUUAAGUCAUUCAGAGAUCUUAACAGUAGGUGUCAUAGUCAUCCAGUGAUUUGGUGCUUGCUGCAAAACUGGCUUUUUUUUUUUUUUUUUUUUUUUUUUUUUGAGGCAGGGUCUCACUUUGUCACCCAGGCUGGAGUGCAGAGGUACAAUCUCAGCUCAAUGCAAUCUCUGCCUUCCUGGCUCAAGCAAUUCUCCCACUGCAGCCUCCUAAGUAGCUGGGAAUACAGGUAUACACGAGUACACCCAGCUAAUUUUUGUAUUUAUAUGUGGAGACAGGGUCUUGCUGUAUUGCCCAGGCUAGUCUCGAACUCCUGGACUCAAGCAGUCCGCCCGCCUCGGGCUCCCAAAAUGUUGGUGUUAUACUUGUGAGCCUCUGCACCCGGCAGCAAAACUGGCUUUUAAUCAACCUUUUGGCUAAGGGAUUUCUCUUUUUAUUUAUUUUUAAAAGGAUUUCCCAUUUUUAUCUUUCUUUUUGAUAUUAAAAUGUUGCCUCAUCCUACCCAGUAAGUACUUGAAUUUGAAUUCUCUUCCUUUUCAUUUUUGCCUGCAAACUGAGCAGUCUUUUCUGAGUUCAUCUCUUUUCUGUACGUUUUGUCAAGUGCAGUGAACAGCAACUACAAAAUAUUUUGUUUUUCUGUCUUUUUCUUUAGUAAAGGGUAGAUGAUCUGCCUUUCAGGUUAUCUCAAGGGGCAGUUUCACCUUUCCAUAAUAUAAAUUACCCUUGUGUAAGUUAUUUCUUCCAUCUUCUGAUAGCAAUUUCCUGAAUGCCUGCCAGCUAACCAUUAAGCCAGUGUUCAGUAUUUUAGCAUUUUAAAAAACAAGGGACCAAUUUCUGUGUCAGCAUGGGCUAGCUUGCCAUUGAAUAACAAAGGCAAAAUCUCACUGUCUCACACAACUUUUCUAUUGCAACUUGCCUAGGGACUUUGGUUUAGAUCAUAGGUUGGCCAUGAUCAAACUAUGGUCCAUGGGCAAAAUCUGUCUAGCUCCUUGUUUAUCUAAAUAAAGUUUUACUGGAAUAUA